UCCGGUGUACACCAUCAAGAGAUCAUGGUUGGAAUGUGGACACCAGAGCCUUCACGAGAACCAUAUGAUGAGAAUCUGUCGACCGCUGAAGUAGGAAUGGUUGUCGCGGAGCAGGAUAGUUCUGACAGUGAAGAUGAGAAUCUAGUUUAUGGUGGUUAUGAACUUCUUUCACAAGUACCAACUGAUCUUCCUAGUAGUGGAAUUGAAGAUGUAGACGAUUCAGUGAGUGCUGGAGAUCUCCCUGAAUCAUCUAAAAUAGAUGGUAUGGUUACUGCUGCUGUAGACAUUGAAGAUAAUGGUGCUUCACAGAUGGUGUCAUAUCAGUGUAGCUUUGAAAACGAGAGACGUUCAGAAUUGAGGGAAGUGUGGUCUGGCUCAUCACAUGGUGACAGCAUUGAAAUGGGGAGUGAACAAGCAGAGCGAGUGAGAGCUGCCAUGGCAAAUUUUUCUCUGCCUGCAUCAGCAAUUCCUAGUUGGGCAUCCGCAGUGCCAGAGGAACAGUGGAAACAGCAGUUGUUGGACCGAAUACAGAGGCAGCAGCAACAGCAGGGCGAUGGACAGCCAAAAAUUUGAAUAACGGCAGCAUUUAAUGUGUUUUCAUAGUUUCAGUGUAUGUAUGUUCAUGGUUGGUUUAUUGUUAUUUCUGGAGGAUGUUGUGGUCCAGGGGAAAGGCAUUGAAUUGAGUGUGAGACCAGGCCUUACGAUGGCCAGUAUUUGAGCUUGCACUGAAGCCAGUUGAUGCUGUUAAAUACAGUUGAUCUAUCAUAACAUGCUCAUUUUCACCACUUUUUCUGAAAUUUAUGUGUCACUGAUGAUUAUGUCUGUACAGUUUGACGAGUUUAAAAUUGUAUAAUCUGUUUUCAGGGUGCCAUUCUCACUCCUCCUCAGUUGGUAUUAGUAGUGUAACUGUCCCCUUUUAUUGCAGUUCAUUUUAUUUCUCAGGAUGCUGUUCAUUGAGCGUUAGAGUCAAGUAUAAUUUGUUACAGGAUGUGGUUUGCAAGGGUGCCGUCUAGUCAGCGGUUUGCACAGGAUCACAGUGUCCCUGAUUGGGAUUAAUAAAGAAGUGAAUGUUGGAAAGCAGGUGGACUGUUGAGCUGAGAUGAUCAGUAGUAUAGAUGUUGCUGAUUCUGGGAUGUUUUUGUCUGUAGGGAUCAUUGUUCAAAUUGGACAUGACAGUAAAGACAGAGUAAUGGACUACUGGUUGAGUGCUGAACAGUAUCUCAGCAUUCUGUAGCAAUGCAUCAAAACAUGGCUGAUUAUUGCACAUUUCUAAUACAAAUGCAUGCUCAGUCAUGAAUCAUAAAUAUUGUAAAAUUGAAGGUAUGUACCCUUCUUUGUUGUUAACUGCUUUAUGUAAGUAUAUUCUUCAUCCUUGUGUUGCCCAGUUGAUUAUCACCUUGGUGUGGUAUUCCUCAGGGCACCCCAAGAUACACAGACCCUUGUCACACUUCUGACACUUUGUAAUAAUACUUCUUUUUCUUUGGUUGAACAGAUGUAUCCUUUUGGCUGAGGAAGAUGCCCAUUGUUUUCAGUUGGCCUCCUCCAGGCAAGAUACUCUAGUACACUGGUUCCUAACCUUUGUGAGACCGCAGUUGGUAAAUUCUGUUUUUUUAUAAGUCAAGGACCUGGUAUAAUUGAUGUCAGGGCCCAGUACCCGGCCAUGGCCUGGUGGUUGAGAAACACUGCUCUAGUAGACAGCAGGGUUUUGACCUACAGAGCAUUCUGGGCAAGGAGGACCCGUUGCAGCAUUUUCCUCAGGCAGGUGCAAGUCUAAAGUCUUUGUGUGACAAAUUUGUACCACAGAAUGACAAGAUGAAACUGUUUAGAAUAGUGAGAUCCACUAAAUGGAAAAACAGUUAUUAUUCAUUUCCAAAUUUGGUGGCUGAUGGAAUAGCUGUUUGUCAUCCAGUACUAUUUGUUCACAUACCCCAUAUAUUUAUUCUAGUCCUCGACUGUUGCUGGUUUUAUGGUGUUUCCAUGCUCAACACAAAAAUGGCCUGCUGGAGGAUUGUGCAUGUUUGUCAGCAUACAUAUAUCUUGUUUGUCAAAACUAAUGCUGCCAUGUCACCCCUCACCCUAACCAAAUUGUCUCCACUUUUUAGUCCGAGUCUUAUGAUGUGUAAGUAUUAUGCUGAGCCCUUGCAAUUUGGCUUGAUUGUCCCACAGCUAUUUAUUUUUUUCAUUGUCAGAUCACAUAAGUUUAAGGAUGAAAAGAAAUUAUCCAUGUACAGUUUAUGGCCAAGCCCCUCAACCCUUUUGCAGAGGUCCCAGACUGUAGCAUGUGUGGCUGUCACAUCUUGCCCUAAGAAAAUUGUUGAUGUUUAAAUUGAGGGAAGAUAUCUUAUCAACACAAAAGAAUUUCCUCUUCAUACAUAACAUGUGACUUUAUUCUAAAACAGUAGGACUACGUAACACGCGACAACCAUCUUGCUAUACUGAAAACUGCACAGCCUUCUGGGAUACAAAAAGACAAAGAGACUACAGUUUAAUGAGUCAGUUCCAUGACUAAAAGGAGUACAUAAUAGUGAUUGUGGAUUGUUAGAAAAGCUAUACAACACCCGUCCUCAAUUCUUCAUUGAAACCGUCCGUCGCUCGUAGUGUGUCGUGUUCCUUGUCCUUGCAGCUGCUGUUUCCUCCUCUAUAGGUCACUCCUGUUUCCCCUAACCAUGAUGGUUGAGUUUCUAAUUUUAGGGUAUGUUUGGGCGCCAGUGGUAGGUAGGAAAUCUAGGAAUUUCUGGUAGGGCAUGGGAAUCCUCUCAGGGAGUUUGACGGUUUACAUUUGGGGUGACACAAUUCACUGAAAUGCCUGACUAACUCAAAGACAGUUGCUUUUAUUUAUUAACACUUAGUUCGAUGCACUUGGUUACAAGCGUGGGGGAUUGCAAAGCUGCUACGACCCCCUCUUACGGAUGUUCUUUGUCUAUUGAACUAUCGGAGUACAUCCGGACACAUCUAGCCUACUCAAAGUCCCACCUUCGUGUGUGUCGUGUGGCGUCAUCUUCGCCAAAGCGUGGUGAAGUCAACCCACGCAAAUUCCAUUACAUAGUUCCACUACUUGUGCAAUGCUUGCUGAUUGGUUGUAAAAAGCUAAUUAUUCCAAAUUUGACCAAUAAUGUCUCAACUUACUUACCCUUAAGGAAAAAGGUAACCAAAGCUCUUGGGAUCCCCACUGAUGUUAUCCUGUAUGUUGUCAUUCAAGUGGUGAAGUCCCUUGGCUUAUUGCGCACAAGUUAUGGCGUGCAUUCCUGGGCAAAAGAGGUCCUAAAUGGGUUACCUAAGGGCAGUUCUAAACUCCGUUCGGCUUCAUCAUUCCACCAAUAACUUCGAGAUCAUACCAAACAUAACACAUACUUAAUUACUCAGUACAACUAAUUAACUUCAAUCAUUACUAUUUUAUUCUUUAGUUUUGAAAACCUAAUGAGUGGUAACGGUUUGGUGAACAAGUCAGCCUCUUGAUUUUCCGAGUUUAUGUAGUUAACUACGAUAAAUCCUUGUUCAACGCAGUACCUUAUAAACUUAUACCUAAUGUCCAUAUCACGUAACCUUUUCUGACCCCAUUCACCAGUACACAACUGAUUGUCUUCAUAUAUGAUUACUGGAGUUUUCACCUUCACACCCACUUCUUCCAGUAACUUAUUUAUCCAAGGCAGUUCUCUUAAACCCUCUGACAAAGCAUUGAAUUCUGCUUCUGUUGAUGACAAUGCAAUUGUGCUCUGUUUCUUAGUGUACCAAUCAACUGUAUUUCCAUAUACCUUAAUUGCACAUCCUGAUACUGAUUUCCUAUCUUCAUGUGAUGCCCAGUCAGCAUCAACAAAUGACAUUAGUUCAACAUUAUCAUUACUUUGAUAUUGUAAACUGACAGUUCUAGUCCCAUUCAGAUAUCUAAGAAUUCGUUUCAAACCCUUCCAUUGAAUUUCUGUUGCAUAAUUUUGAAAUCUUCUAUAGAAAUUAAUUAAUGCUGCAUGAAACAGACUACCCAAUAACUCUCUGUAAGGUCUCACUCCUAUAAUUGAUAUAUUAUCAGAUUCUAAGUUCUCUGAAGGAGAUAUCUCUAUAGGUGUAUUAACUGGUUUGCACUUUUCCACGUUAAAUUUCUUCAAAACUCUGUCCAUAUAAGCUGAUUGAUCCAAAUAUAGAUUACGAUCAGUUCAAGUAAUUGAGAUUCCAAGGAAAUAUGACAGAUCUCCCAUAUCUCUCAUUUGAAAUUUCCUCAUUAUGAUCUCUUAGGUUUUUACCAACUCUUCCAUACAGUUACUAGCAAUUAUAAAAUCAUCUACAUACAGUAGCAAAUAUAAGACGGUCUGGUUCUUAUUACACACAUACAAGCAUCUGUCAGCAUCACACUUUCUAAAACCAUUCCCUUUGACAAACUCAUAAGGUUUCCAGCUCUUCUUUUAUAGCAUUUCUCCAUUCCAUCCUAUCACUCCUAACUUCUAUGUCGCUAUAACUCAUAGGAAUGUUGUUGGGUUUUCUGCAAGUUUUUGUGUCAUGGGGUCCUCCGCACUUUACACAAUUGUAGGGUUUCGUGCAGUAUGUUUUACUAUGGCCAUAGUCUUGGCAAUGUGUACACUGUACAGUACUAGUUUUUGGUCGUUCAACUUUAAUUCUGAUAUGUUGUAAAAAAUCUAUAUUGAAUAUUUCUUUAUUAUUUCUUUGGGGUUCUAAAUCAGUGAAGUGUAGUGGGAGUGGUUCUUCACUCACUCUGUGCUUAACAUAAGUAAUGUUCCUUACUUUGUGGCCUUGUUUUUCAAGUUCAUCUUUUAUCUCAAGAGGUUGGUAUUGUGCGAUGCAAUCCUUGUAUAACUGCCCUGAAGGUUCUUUCUUCCUUCAGCUGGUAUGUAUGAUGAAUGGUUUGUUCAUCUGUUAAAUGAUGGACUAGUUUUCUGUAGGUAUCAGAAGUUUUCGGAUUUAUUUUUAUUAUAUUAUCAGACAUUGCUGUAGUAAUAUUGGUUCCCUUUUCGGUGGCUAAUGACAGGUUUUGAACCAUUUUUUAUAAUUGACACCACAGGUGUAUAUGAGGGGCGGUUUAUGGCUGAUAUCAUGGUCAUUAUUUUGAUUUGUCGGGUUAUUUUCAGGAUAAUUUUUAUUGCUGUUUAAAGUAGGGAGUGGUUGGAAUGUGUUUGUUAUUUUGAUUUGUUCUGGGAUAUCCUUACGAGUUUGAUGUUGAAUUCUUUUAUGUUUAUUAUUUACAGUUUGCGAAGAGUGCAUUAUAUUAAUUUGGUCAUCAGUUUGUUCAUCACUGUUCCAUUCUUCAUAUUCAUUUAUAUCAGUAUAUUGCAUGGUUGAGCUUGAGCUAGGAUUUGUGUUUGUAUACAGUGAUGGCACCUGUGUCUGGUUUUGUGAUUGAUAGCAUCCAGCUAAUUGAUUUUGUUGCAUUUGUGGCAAAUGCAUAUUUGAAGUUAGAUGACUUGUUUGGUUUUGAUAUAUUUGUGAAGUCUGCAUAGGAACUUGAUUUUGUAUUAAGUUUGGUGGAUAUAUUAUGGGCAAAUAUUGUACACUGGUGUUUGAUCCGGGCCCAUCUCUGGUUUGGAUUUUUUUUUUUUUGGGCAAUAUCACACUAUUUGACCAGACUACUGGUCGUUUACUCACUGCGUUUAUCGUACAAAUGAUCUAAGAUGAGAGAACAGUGGUCAACACAAUUUUACUGACUCUGAACACUGCACUACCCCAGUCAAACAGGAGGCCUUGCUGCACUAUGUUUCCACAUCCUCACUGCGUGGCAUCUGGUUUGCCACUAGGAACACUUACAAUGAAAUAUAUUGUGAUGUGUUAGAGUGUGACUGUAGAGGUUUGGAUUGGUAAUUGGAUUUAUUGGGCACUUGACACAAAACUCAUGACUACACUUUACAAAUUGCUAUCACACAAAGACUAGUGUUCUCAGUCAUGGUCUUCACUACUGUGCUCGGUAACAUCUUCCAACAGUGGAGGUUCCUCUGCUUCUCAGCUCACAUCAUUGCAGGCUGGUGGCCAUCUCACCCCAACCUUACUCUUCUUACUGCCAUCUCAGGACUCUGUUGUAAUGGCACCUGAUCCUCAUUCUAUAGCCUUGACAUGGACCCCACAGAAAAUACCUCUCCCAACAGUUCCUCUAUUAUUGCGUAACAUAUCUAUUGGCAUGAACCUUGGUGAAAAUGUAGCUUCCCACAGUUACUCCAUUGGUUCAUGUUACACAGCCACUAUGGCAGUUUUUCUGUUGGCUUCACAGUUCUGUCUUUCAGCAAACAUACUACAAUAUAAAGGACAACACGAUUCACUGUUCAUUCAAAUACUGCUGGUAGAUUCAUGGUCCUGGAUCUUGAAACUAAAAUAUGUUCUGCUUAUAAAAUUUUCGCUUAGAUAGAAUAUUAAAUUAUGCACAUCACUUUAUUUAAUAAUUUGUAACAUGUGAGUGAAAUAAUGUAGACAUUUGUGUGAUUAUGGCCUCUCCAUUUUUAUUUUUAUUUUAUUUUUUAUAUAUUUUCAGAAAAUAAAAAUCAUCAGACUAUUCCUGUGCAGUGGUGUUUAUGGCUGUGGUUUGUCGCAUUUUUUUCAACUUCCUUUCAUGUCUUAGGUUCAGGUCUGUUCAGUGAUUGAGGUUAGCUCUUUCUAAUGGACCCCACAAGGUAGGUGUCUCCCACCUCACAUGAGGAUGGAAAUAGAUCCAGUUUCCAAAAUGUUAUGUCCUAUAUAAUACCAGACAGUGGACGCUAAAAAUCCCGACUGUAUUAUUGCUGUCACAUUUUUGUUGUUGACGUUAAACACUUUUUGUUUUGAUUCAACUGUAUUUAAUUUAUAAGUAGUAACAAAGGACUAGACUUCCCAUUUAAUUUUCAAUGGGCAUUAUACUAAUUAUAUUUACUGUGGAAAGUCCAUGUCUCUCUGGAGGUUUACAACUUGAAGUAUUGUUCUUGUUCUUCAAUUCCUAUAUAAAGCCAUUGAACAACACAAUAUGCAUUAUUUUUAUAUUUUGAAUUACAAAAUUUUAAAAUGCAGGAGGUUGCUUCAAAUUGGUUCUUGAAAAGUAUUAGGACAGAAGUAUCUACAGAAUCCAGAUCUGAUGACUUAGCAUAGCUCUGACUCUGCUUUUUGACAAAACUUUAGGAAAAGUAAUUUCAUUCUUUAUUAAGAUAUGUGGGCCAUGCAUCUUAUGUUGUUUGCUAAAGGUGGUGUGAUCUUUUCGUGUUUGUUUUGCCUCUUGUCUUUUCUGUGCAACUCUUGAGGAAUAUAACAAGAAAUAAGCUAUAAACCCCAAAGUAUGAAAACAGUUAGUGAGUAAAAGUAUUAGUUUUUAGCACAGUUUCCUGACUUAAGGAAGAAAAGGUGCCACCUAACCCUCUGGCUGACUCUUUUCCCUGAACAUUUGAUCAAAACAAAUUCAUAGUUUAAUUAAAAUAAGUUCAUUGUGCAUGGCAUUGAAUAAAGGAAAGUAAAAGUAUGAGCUCACUGUAUACAGUUAUCCCUUGAGUUAUCAACAUCUUGGAGUUACAGAUUUUGCAUACCAGCUACAAACCUGUGUGCUUCAGAACAAUUCUCUGUUUAAACCUCUUAGGUUCUUUCAUUGCUUCUCAGCUGGCUGAAGGUGCCCUCUGUUUAAACAUUAUUGCAAUUUUUCGCUUGUUGAUUGUUUGUUGGCUCAGUUAUUUGCUCUUUUAAUUAUCAUCUUUUUAAAGUAACUGUACCAGUUUCUCAAAUUGUACUCUGUAAUUGCCUCAGAAAUGCUAUCAUACAUAAAUUUCAUUGUGUGAAAAAUGUAUAUAUUUUUAUAUUGUGCACUUAGAAUUAUUUGCCAUUUGACCUCUUGAAUUUUAUGCUUGAUUUGCCACAGGAUCGUCCAACAGAGUAGGUGAGAUUUCUUUGGGGUGUAAUAGCAGAAGUUCAACAGAAAUUAUGUCAUUGCAAUUUUAAGUGCUUUUAAUGGUAAAGAGAUUACCACUAGACUGCAUAUUAAAUAAUGAUAAUUUUAUAGUCCUGUCAUUGCAGUCAUUCAUUUAAUUGUGGUUUUACACAAAAGUGAAAGAUGACUUGCUUUUGAGUGCUUAGUGAAUGUACAGGGUAAUAUGUGAAUGGUUAGUGUUAGGGAACAGUGGUAUGCAGACCUGCAAGGUGUGUUAUGAGAAACAUGGAAAACACUUUAUCUUAUAUCAGUAAAGUUAUUUUCUCCUAAUCGAUCUUCUUCCAUCACUGAAAUGGAGUGUUAUUUUGCUUGUCAGGUACAGAAUAUCAUAAAAUCAUGGUUUCAGGAAACUGCAGAACAGUUUUUAAUAUAAUUUUGAAGCAUCUUUUCUUACAGAUGAUUUGAACUUUCAUCGUUAGAUUACUGAAACAAAUGCCCUAGUUUCUGUUAAGUUUAAUUCUUUGAAGCAAGAAGGUCAUAUAUGUGUGUAAAAAUUCAUCUCCUGCAAGUCUAAAACACACUGCCUCCAUUUUGAAGACCAACUGGUUUAUGCUGUUUAGGGUUAUUAUCAUCAUUUAUUUGGAAAAUUAAGGUGUUAAACUUUUAUUGAUUCUUAGUCAUAUCAUUCUCCAGUGUUAUCUAAGUGAUGUUUGUACGGUAAUAAUGAAAGUGUUCCAGUCCGAAUUAAUGUGGGAAUGAGGCCUUAACAGCCUUGUACAUGUAAAGGUAUGGUUAUAUGGAUCUCAACAUUUAUCUAAUAUUUACAUGCUGUACAUAUGUAUUAUAAUGAUAAUAAAGUUGUAUAGAUUCAGUGAA